CACUUCCGCGAUCUCACCGAUUAGCGUUAUCGCUCCAUUAGUAAUUGUCGUUGGUAUUUCUAUGAUCAAGGAUGCAAUUGAUGAUAUCCUUAGACAUCGUGCAGAUGCGGAAUUAAACUCGUCCUCAUGCCUUAAGCUGAAUAAAGUCUCGGAUCAGUCGCUUAUCUGGAAAAAUGUUCGAUGUGACAAAAUCCUUGUUGGUGAUAUCAUAUGUUGUCGGGCAGAAGAGGAAUUUCCAUGCGAUCUGUUGGCCCUUUCAUCGAGUGAAAACAAUGGCCUUGUUCAAGUUACGACUGCUAACCUGGAUGGUGAAACGAACAUUAAGAAGUUUUUCUCCCAUUCCUCUACCCAAUCCUUACUGUCAGACUUCAUAGGAGAAGACAUGACCACAGAGUGUGCGGCGACUAGUACGGUGGAUAAAAUUCCCAUCGCUGAGAUCAUUUGCCAACAUCCUGUCGAUGACUUAUCAACUUUUGAAGGUAGAAUAAGACUUUAUUCAGGAAAUUCCGAAAACUUCUCCGAGGAGUCACUUUCAAUCGAUAAUUUGCUUCUGAGGGGCGCUAGACUGAAACAUACUAAGUAUGUUGUAGGCCUAGUAGUAUAUACUGGUCGUGAUACAAAGCUUUCUCUAAAUAGUAAAGAAGUAAAGCGUAAAUUCUCUUCUAUCGAAGGAAGACUCAAUGAAGCCUUGUUGUUCUUCAUUUUUAUUCUCAUAAUACUACUUAUUAUUCUGACUGGAUGUACCUUUAAAACGCCUGAUAAUACAUUUUGGUAUUUGCCGCAUAGAUUAAGAACAGCUUGGACAAUAGUCCAAGAUACUUUGUCUUUUCUUUUUAUAAUGAAUUUCCUAAUCCCUAUCUCCAUCAUAAUCACCAUCGAAAUCGCCCAACUUUUUGCUGCUCUUUGGAUUUCAAGUGAUAUCCAAAUGUAUGACCCAUCGAAAAAUAUACGGGCUCGUUCCAAUACGACACAAUUAGCGGAUGAACUCGGACAAAUUGAGUUUCUUUUUAGUGAUAAA